AUGUCACGGAGGAAUGAUGUCUUGCAGCUUGUUGUUGUACUGAAGUCCGGAGUUGAUUCCCGAAGAGAUUUGUUCUUCAUUUACAUAGACAUCCCAGGGGAUUGGGUGAUCAUGAAACAGACGAGCUUUGGAAACAGAACAGGAGGUUCUUUGAUUUUUGAGUUUAGCAUUAAUCAGAUUGAGCACAAAUUACCUGUAGAUUCUUGGUUUUAUUAUAGUGUCUUCAGCGGACUGAGAAUUCAACCCAUUAUCAAUAAGGUGUCAGUGGUGAUCGGUGGUUGGGAAAAUGGCAUUUAUAAACAUGUGGCAGUGGGGUGUGGGCUGGGUCUCCAGCUUUGUGAGAAGAAGCUUGAGAAAGAGAAUGAGCAACUCAAGAAUGAAAAAGAGCAACUCAGGAAUGAAAAAGACCAAUUCAAGAAUGAAAAAGAGAAGCUUGAGAAAGAGAAUGAGCAACUCAAGAAUGAAAAAGAGCAACUCAGGAAUGAAAAAGACAAGCUGGAGAAAGAGAACGAACAAUUCAAGAAUGAAAAAGAGAAGCUUGAGAAAGAGAAUGAGCAACUCAAGAAUGAAAAAGAGCAACUCAGGAAUGAAAAAGACAAGCUUGAGAAAGAGAGCGACCAAUUCAAGAAUGAAAAAGAGAAGCUUGAGAAAGAGAAUGAGCAACUCAAGAAUGAAAAAGAGCAACUCAGGAAUGAAAAAGACAAGCUGGAGAAAGAGAACGACCAAUUCAAGAAUGAAAAAGAGAAGCUUGAGAAAGAGAAUGAGCAACUCAAGAAUGAAAAAGAGCAACUCAGGAAUGAAAAAGACAAGCUGGAGAAAGAGAACGACCAAUUCAAGAAUGAAAAAGAGAAGCUUGAGAAAGAGAAUGAGCAACUCAAGAAUGAAAAAGAGCAACUCAGGAAUGAAAAAGACAAGCUGGAGAAAGAGAACGACCAAUUCAAGAAUGAAAAAGAGAAGCUUGAGAAAGAGAAUGAGCAACUCAAGAAUGAAAAAGAGCAACUCAGGAAUGAAAAAGACAAGCUGGAGAAAGAGAACGACCAAUUCAAGAAUGAAAAAGAGAAGCUUGAGAAAGAGAAUGAGCAACUCAAGAAUGAAAAAGAGCAACUCAGGAAUGAAAAAGACAAGCUGGAGAAAGAGAACGACCAAUUCAAGAAUGAAAAAGAGAAGCUUGAGAAAGAGAAUGAGCAACUCAAGAAUGAAAAAGAGCAACUCAGGAAUGAAAAAGACAAGCUGGAGAAAGAGAACGACCAAUUCAAGAAUGAAAAAGAGAAGCUUGAGAAAGAGAAUGAGCAACUCAAGAAUGAAAAAGAGCAACUCAGGAAUGAAAAAGACAAGCUGGAGAAAGAGAACGACAAGCUUGGGUUACAGAACGAGAAGCUUGAGAAAGAGAAUGAGCAACUCAAGAAUGAAAAAGAGAAGCUUAAGAAAGAGAAUGAGCAACUCAAGAAUGUAAAAGACAAGCUGGAGAAAGAGAACGACCAAUUCAAGAAUGAAAAAGAGCAGCUUGAGAAAGAGAAUGAGCAACUCAAGAAUGUAAAAGAGAAGCUUGAGAAAGAGAAUGAGAAUCUCCAGCGGGAAUAUGGUAAAUUCUCUUUUAAUUUCUCAGCUGCUACUAUUCAUGUCAUCACUCUUGAUGCAGGAACAGCCCACCCCAAUCUCUCCAUUGCUGGGGAUAAGAAGACUUUUACUCAUGAACCCCAACCUCAGCAAGUUCCACCAAAUCCAGAGAGGUUCGAUUCGACCGUCUGUGUGUUGGGCUCUGAAGGAUUCUCCUCUGGAGAGCACUACUGGGAGGUGGACGUUGAGAAGAGCAGUGACUGGGACCUGGGAGUGGCCACAAAAUCAAUACAGAGAAGAGGAAAACUUUCCUUGUCCCCUAAAGAGGGAUUCUGGGCUCUGGGUCUGAGUGGCAGAGAUUAUUGGGCAAAAACAGAUCCAUGGAGCAGGGUAAUGGUGCAGAAAAAGCCCAAGAAAAUUGGAGUUUACCUUAAUUACCAACAGCAGGAGGUGACAUUUUUCAGUGUAACUGACAUGUCUGUGUUGUUCACAUUUAAUGAUUGUUCAUUCUCAGGAGAAGUUUAUCCAUUCUUUAAAAAUUCACAGAAAGAAACAACAAUGAGAAUUUGUUCAUAA